ACGACGUCGUACGCCAACCUUUCACAUCGCCUCGCAAGGAGUUGACCUCAGCGACAAAGAAAACAAAAUGUCCGGACCGAAAUAUCAGAACGUGCCCCAGCGCGACUCGUUGGAUGAGGCUGCGCCCGCGCCUUCGUACUCGCAGGCGCCACCCAGCUAUCAGGCUGCCAACCCCGAAGAAGCUCUGUUGAGCGGCCUCCCUCGCGCGGAGAAUGACAACCUUCCAGAUGAUUUCAAGUUUGGUGGUGUGGUCGCAGAGGCUACACUGGACAUCCGGAUGGCGUUUGUGCGAAAGGUGUACGCGAUUUUAACCGUUCAACUACUUGCAACCGCCGCCGUCAGCUUCAUCUCUAUGACAUCGGAAUCAUACAAGCACUUUGUCCAGACGCACCAGUGGCCGCUCUGGGUGUCGCUGUUCGGCUCCUUCGCCUUCCUCGGACUUACCUUUUGGAAGCGAAAGUCGUACCCUACGAACCUCCUGUUCCUGGGCGGAUUCACCGCCAUGGAAGCAUACUCCAUCUCCGUCAUCGUAUCGUUUACCGAAUCCAAGAUUGUGCUGCAGGCCCUGUUCUUCACGCUGGGCAUAUUCGUAGCGCUGAGCCUAUUCGCCUGCCAGUCAAAGUACGACUUCACAAGCUGGGUGCCGUAUCUGUUUGGAACGCUCUGGGUGGUGGUACUCUUUGGCUUCAUGUCAUCGUUCUUCCCGUACAACAGCACGGUGGAACUUGGCUAUGGUGUCAUUUGCGCACUCAUCUUCUCGGCGUACAUUCUAGUUGACACGCAGAUGAUCAUGCGCCACUACCACGUCGAAGAGGAGAUUGCCGCGGCGAUUUCGCUCUACCUCGACAUCAUCAACCUCUUCCUUGCUAUCCUGCGCAUCUUGAACUCGCAGAACCAGAACUAGGGUGGGUCGGAUACGGGCUUGGAGGUGUAGGGAUGACUUGGGAUCAGAUUGUUUAGGCGUUAGGGCCAAGAAUUCGUCAUGCGUUAAAGCUUGGGGGGUAUUCAAGCGCAAGCUAGUUCGGGACUAGUUUUUCUGUUUGAGCCAUCUCGGGCAGUUUUCUUCACCUCUUGAUACACAAUAGCAGGAUUAAUAUAAGUUUAUCGCCAAGGGUACUUGUGCGU